GGAGGCAGCCCGGUAGUGUUGUGUAAAGAUGUAAAAGCUAAAUGGCGACACUGAGUCGAGACACGGUGUGUUUUACCUUCAGAAUUAUGUUCCUCUUGUGUCUUUGCCUUUCCUUUUCUUUCAUACCCUUUUCUUCAUCCGUUCAGAGAAACGACAGACCAAUAAUUGGUGUUCUGGCUCAGGAGGUUUUUCUGCCUAAACCGAACCAAACUUCAUACAUCGCUGCAUCCUAUGUGAAGUUCCUGGAGGCAGCAGGAGCGAGGGUUGUCCCUGUCAUGAUUGACCAGACACCAGAGGAGUAUAAGUCUCUGUUCAGCUCCAUCAAUGGGAUCCUUUACCCAGGCGGAGGCGUCAGCAUCAUCUCAUCUGGCUAUGAACGGGCGGCAAAGAUCUUUUAUGAGCUUGCUAUCGAGGCGAAUAAGAGAGGAGACUAUUUUCCUGUGUGGGGAACCUGCCUUGGAUUUGAACAGCUGACGUAUCUGACGAGUGGGAAGGUGACGCUAUCGCACACUGAUACCAGCGGUGUGGCCCUGCCUCUGGUCUUCACUAAUGAAACCAAAGGCAGCAGGAUGUUCAAAGGCUUCCCUGCUGAACUCAUGAAGGAUCUGGCUUCUGAACCGCUGACAGAAAACAGUCACCAGUGGAGUUUGGGAACGCUGACUUACAAUACAAACGAGGAACUGCGGAAGUUUUACAAAGUUCUCUCUACAAACACAGAUGGAAAAACAGAGUUUGUGUCAACAGUGGAAGCAAAUGAUUAUCCUAUCUAUGGGACACAGUGGCAUCCAGAGAAAAAUGCAUUUGAAUGGACGAGGCCUUACAUUCCACAUUCUCCGUCAGCUGUCAAGACAACCUUCUACAUGGCCGAAUUCUUCGUCAACGAAGCCAGGAAGAACUUUCACAGAUUUGAAUCCGAGGAGGGGGAGAGCAAAGCGCUGAUAUACAACUACAGCCCUGUUUACACUGGCAACAACAGUAGCUUCGAGCAAAUAUACUUUUUCUGAUGCACGUUAGCAGAGCAUUCCCCCGUUCAGCGCCCGAUUGGCUGCUUUAGUCGUGACUUGCGAGUGUUUACAGAUAAUUUGACGUGUUUGGUUUUGUAUUUGCGGCUCUCCGCGUCUGUUCAAUCUGCCGCUGAACAAAGUAGUAAGCUGGAAAUAACAGUUUUAUACAUACAGAUACACGCGGAUGGCGUGGCAUGAUUUACAGUUGCACAAUUAAGUCCUAUUGCACAUUUUUAAAGCCUUUUAGCCUCAGGGAAUUAUCACUGAACUGUAGAGUUCAGAGAGAGAAGCUAGCUGGUGGAAAUACACUGCCUGUCCAAAAGAAGUCGCCACUUAGAUUUAACUAAGUAAAUAGAUAAGAUCCUUCCAUUGGAUAAUUACUGCAGUGAUGAGUAUGUUUCAGCUGCAACAACUUCUUUAACUCUAGCUGAUGCAGUGAGGAGCUUCUCAUUUCUUAAACAACCGUGCUGGAAGACAUAUCCUGUGGUCAUGGAAAGGAUGUUAAUCUGUCUCAGAAGGGUCAAAUUAUUGGCCUGCAUCAAGGAAAGAAAACAAAAGAGAUUUCUGAAAUUACUGAAAUCAGGUUAAGAACUGUCCAAUGCUUUAUUAACACCUGAAGGACAGUGGAGAACCAUCAUAUUUAAGGAACAAACUCUUGGAUGAUCAUAGUAAAUCAAAAGUAGAACUCAUAGCUAUGCUUGAUACUUAAAGUAGGAGCGUUUCCACAUGCAUGAUGCAAAGGGAACUCAAAUAAUUGGGACUAAACAGCUGUAGCUCUCAGAAAACCACUGAUCAGUGAGGCCAAUCAGAAAAAAGGGCUUCAGUUUGUUUGGUAGCAUAAAGAUUUUACUCUGGAGCAAUGUAAGAAGGUCAUGUGGUCUGAUGAGCCCAGAUUUACCCUGUUCCAAAGUGAUGGAGGCAUCAGGGUAAGAAGAGAGGUGGAUGAAGUGAUGAACUCAUCAUGCCUAGUGUCUACCAGGCUGUGGGGGUUAGGGUUAUGAUCUGGGCUUGGUCAGGUUCAGCAGCGUUAUGUUCCCAAAGAAUGAGGUCAGCUGAUACCUGAAUAUACUGAUUGACCAGGUCUUUAUAUCAAUGGAAUUUUUCUUCACUGAUGGUAUGGGAAUGUUCCAAGAUGAUGCCAGAAUUCAUGGGGCUCACACUGAGAAUGAGUGGAUCAGGGAGCAUGAGAUGGAUUGACCUCCAGAGUCCAGACCUCAGAACCACUGAGAAUCUUUUGGAUUCUCGGGGAUUCUGCAGAAGACUUUGUCCGAGUCUCCCAUCAUCAAUAUAAGAUUUUGGUAGAAAAUUGAUGCAACUCUGGACAGAAAUAAAUGCUGUGACAUUGUAGAAGCUUAUCGAAAUGAUGCUAUGGCCAUAGUGUGUCGUUCUCAGAGCUAGAGGCGGUCCAAUGAAAUAACUGAGUGUGCGACUUUUGUUUGGACAAGCAGUGUGUUUUGGCUUUUAGUACUUGACAAGCAAGAAUAUGUGCCUCAAAAGGGAGUAAAUGUUGGGCUUAUCUUUGCUAUGUCAGCAGAAAACUCUAAAUAUUUGCAAAUGUUGCACUGAAGUGACAAUUUUCAGUUUUCAGCUUGUUCUACUGCCCCCUUGUAGACAAAAAAAUCCCAAUACACCUUUAAAAUUCAUGAAAAAACAUUCCAAAAAAACACUGAAGGCUGAUAAAAUAUCUUUUUUUUUUAUUAUUCUAACAUUGACCUUCAUGCCACAAUCUGCCAUUAAUCUCCGUCUAUGCUUUGGGUAACAAAGUUGAGCGUCUUGGAAAAAGUCCUCAACCACUGGCAAGAAAGUUUGCUGUUGCCACUGGCAUUUAGAAAGUCCACUUUCAACUCAAUUCAAGGACGGCAACAGGAGAACAGAAAUGAAUAGUCAAAUGUAACUUCCAAAAUGCUUUAUGCACAAAUAACACUCAGGUAAUACCGUUUUUUCUCUCCUUUUUUUUUUUUUUUUU